GUUUGCGCAAAAUAGUAGAAGCACUGAAAUAAGUCAAGCGAUAGUAAAUUCAGUCAGAGACACAAGAAGUUACAAUGGCUGGAACCCGUGAUAGGAGAUUAAGACGCAAGCUCAAGUUUCAUCUAUUUUGUUCAAAGAAGACUCUACGGAGGAUGAAAGCCAAAGCUCCUACUACCAGGGCGGAGAUGAGCCAUGCUAGAGAGGAAAUGGCACAAAUGGUUGCUUCAAUGGAAGAUUUAAGGCUCGAGCUUGACCUGAUGAAGGCAUCACGCCAGCAACAAUUUGAUGACAUGCUUCUUGACUCAGAAGCAGUGGACACUCUUAUCCAGAUUAUACUUCAGCUUUAAUUAGCUGAAGAUACAAAAAGACCGGUUAUGUAUUUUCCUUUGAUGUUGUGGCCCAAGUCUACGGUUUGGUUUGGUUUUCUGAAUAAAAAUAGUCUCUUUAUGUACCCUUGUCAUGUUUGUUGUUUGGCGUUAGCUAGUUUUGGUCCUUCAACAUCUUUCUUACUAUGGUCCAGGGUCCCAGCUAUGAGUCUUUAAUUAGGAGUUGAAAAAUUUUUGGGUUUUAGUUUUUUACUGGUCUCUUAGGUUGAAAUGCAGAUUUAGGCCUAUUCUAUCAGUUAAUUUAUUAGAAAUUUGUAUUUCUUAAUUAUCUUUGAACUUUGAUAAGAAUUGAGCAUGGCUUAGUUCCUUUAAGGAGAUCAUAUAUGUAAACAAGAACUGGUUUAACAUGCAAUUUAGAUAUUAAAAUUACUAAAGUACC